AUGCUGGAACGGACGGCGGGAUGUGUUGAAAACGCAGGGAGGCGUUUCUUCCGCGACUCCAAUGGUGCUCUGCGAACGCGAAAGCCCCUCUGCACCCGGCUCGGCCAAUAUACCAGCAGCUGCUCCGAGAAUUCGAAAUGGCGACUAUCUCCUCGGCGGGUCCUGCGAUCUCGCGGCUCGAAUACAAGCGGCGACAGAGUUUCAAGCGAUUAUUCGGCCCCAACGCUCGGAUUUCUGUACCCUCACCAGACGCAGGAAUUCGUGGCCACAUGCCUACUACGUUCAGCAAGAAAUAUCUUAUCGCGGAGGAAAAGAAGGAGUGGGGUCCUCGCCUGCAGAACGUUUGUCUCCAGAACCGGCCCUAACACGCUAGUUGUGCCUGGACAAACAAUCGACGCUCACAACAUCAAGGACCGAUCGGGCAAUUGGGCGAGAGAUAGUCUUCUUGAACUACUGUCACUGGAGGAAGGAAUCCUCGACCAGGCCGAUAGGGCGUGGCAACUUUAUAUGUUUGCUGGCCAGCCCUCCGAACUGAAUCAGGCUCUGUUUGUGCAGUACAGCAAAUCAGGGAAGGAACCAGAUCAUGUACGAGCAAAGCAUUUGUUCUACGAGAUGCCAGAAAAAUCGCGGUCUACUGAAGACUACUUGACCCUAUUAAGAUCGCAUCUCACCGUUGGGCAAUUGGAGGAGCUGGGAAGCGUCUGCCAGCAGGCGCAGGUAAAUGGGCACGGUCUGUCGUGCUGGGCUUUGGCUUUGGCUCACUGUAUAGAGAGCUCUGACUGGGCUCUAGCGCAGGGCUUAUACGAGACUGUGUGUCCAGUGGAUGGACACAAGUUGUGGGACUGCAUACUCCCGUUGUUGAACACUUCAUCAGUAUUGACCAGCCUGCCUAACUUAUCCGCGCAACUCCAGAGCCGAGCAAACAACGUAGUAAGUGCAGAGCAAAGAAAGCCCGAUUUUGUCAAGUAUUUCACUGGCAAGAUCUUUGCAACGUCGAAUCUUGUCGAGAAUAUAUCAACCAAUAUCCUUAUCCGCCUUCUCCGAGAUUUCCACUCAGCGGGGUUUCUCACUUCCCAUAUUUUUUGGAAUCUUAUCAGGACUCUUCAGUCUUCUGAACGCAGGGCAAUGUUUGUCCGAUCCGUCGUUAUCUACCGUGACUUUGACUGGCUCAUGGACAAAAUGCCACCAUCGACUCAGAUACUUAAUCAAUUUGUCAAACAACUCGCGCAUUUCGACAUUACUGCCAACGUCGAUUAUUUCCUCGAGCAAUUCUCGCGCUAUCAUUCGAAACCGCCCGCGAUUGCAUACAGACACGCUCUUGCCGUUUUUUCGAGGGCUGCUGAUUCGUCAAGUGUUAACAGGGUGUACGAGCAAUAUGUAACCCAUUAUGGAGAGCGGGUGACUUCGCAAUUUUGGAAAAUGCGCGCACAUCUCCUCUACGCCCAUGCCAGGAAAGGUGAUGUGCAUGAGACGUUAGUAGAGUUUGGCAAGCUAUGGAGGAAGACCAGCCGCCGACCGCCUACACAUUGCUGGAAUAUUCUGCUCACAGCAUAUGCGAAUGCUGGCGACCUUACCGGCUGCUUUUCGCGCUUCAAAAUGAUGGUCGAGAACAAGGUUAAGCUUGAUUCUUACUCAUUUGGUAUUAUCCUGGGCUUAUGCGCACACCGGGGUGACAUUGACUUAGUUCUUGAAGCGCUCGAGGUAGCCAAGCAACAACAGGUUCAGUUAACAACACCAAUGCUCGAUACAGUUGUGGAAGCUCAUUGCCGAAACAAAAACCUGAAGCAGGCAGAACAUUUCGCAGAAGCUUGCCUUACUGUUGAUGCAACUGGCUCAAGAGUGAGGAUGUGGAACAUUCUACUCUGGAAUUAUGCAUUUGAGAUGGACUUGGAAUCGAUCGCUAGGAUACGUUCGCGCAUGGAUGCCGCCGGCAUACCGGCGGACGACAUGACCUAUGCUGCGUUUCUUCUCAGCUUAGUCCUUCUUCGGCAAACAGACUCGGCGCGUCGAAUCCUUAGGACACUCAGUAGAAGUGGACAAAUGCACGCCACGCAGUUUCACUAUGCCCUCGUCUUGUACGGCUAUGUCAAAGAUCGCAAUCGUGACAUGGUACACGUCAUCUUCCGUGAGAUCCAGGAGCGAUUCGGACACCAUGAGCCAGGCACGCAGCUUCUUUUCCUGAGGUCUCAACUGCAACGGGAUCUGCAUCUCAUUGCCCAGGCUCAGGCGGAAGAAGCUGGAAUGGACUCAACAGAAGUUCAUUUCGUGCAUGCAGAGAAGCUCCUGGCCGAAAUCAUCGAGGAUUUCGACCAAGCGAGAUUAGUGAAAACAGCCCCAAUACCCGGUGUUAGCAGGUUGCCAGUUGCUGAAGCUUUCCCGUCGAGCUAUUACGAGCCUCUUAUGACCGAGUACGCAAAGAAGGGUAAUCUUGACAGGGUUAAGCAGCUGUUCAGCGAGUAUGCAAAAGCCCGGAGGCAGUCGAUUGAGGAUGCUCAAGCUAGAGCUCCACUCAGUCUCCUUACAAGUUUAAUGCUGGCUUAUUUGAAGGCAGACCAACUCGAAAAAGUGGAUGAAUGCUGGAAAUUAGCUCAUCGCCGAGCGCGGAGCCUGGGCAAGCCCAUAAGCGAGCGAUUAUGGAAACCGCAAGAACUUCCGGCGACUACCAAACGACCACCCCUACUACCAGCGUACCGUUUCGAACUUUCUCGACCCUUGUCUUUAUAUAUGAGAUCACUUGCUUAUCGGAAAAGAUUUAAAGAAAUAGACGAAGUAGUAGCACAAGUUGAGAAGGAUGGGUUCUGCCUGUCGACUUUCAAUUGGUCUACGUACGUGCAGAUGUUUGCGACCACCGACGAUCCGACGAACACUCUCAAAGCUUUUUCGGUCUUUGAAGAGAAGUUUAUGCCAGCGUUCCCAGGAUGGAACCACCUCCGGCAAUCGCAUGGUUUCAAGCAUUCAAAUGUCACUGCUGCUAUUGAUCUAAUGGAGAAGCAACCCUUCCCCAAGCCGCGCGGUAUGUUGGGGCCGAAGGGCAAGAGGUAUUGGAGCAAGAGACAUCCCGAGUUCGCGCAACCGACAUAUGUCUCGCUUGUAUAUCUCGCCUCCGCUUUACUACGAGCACGGAACAAUAGCAUUGAAGCCGGAACGGCCGAACUCAGUGCUCUCAACAAUGCUGCUCCCAAAACAAUUACGGCCAUUGCUGCAAUGCCACGUCUGCGAGAGAAGUUCCAAGGAGUUCUCCUGCGAGAUCGUGCGGAACGUCCUGAUAGGGUAUUCCCUGAACGAGAACGUUUUGUAUGGACGGGCGGCGUCCUUGGUGUCGGCGGUCGUCGCAGACUACCGAACAUGGCGGAUUUUAACCCCCUGAAUGCUGAGCCCGAUUCGAGCGCGAGUACCGAAAACUCCGACCCUCACCAGACCCUAGAGCCAAGUUGGUCAACGAUAAAUUAUGAGGAUCAGUUCGAUCUUCAAGCGGAAUCGGCGUUGUUCUCUAGGCGCGAGCAGUUAACGACUGAUGAACCCCUGGAUGAUGAGUCGAUACCCAGCGAUAUGUUGGAUCGUGAGCUUCUAGAUGCUGUCUUGGCAAAGCAAGCAGACGAAGCUGCACUAGAAUCGGAGUCGCAAACUCCGUCUGAGGAGGCACAUGAGCGGCUGCACGAGGCCCCAGAUGUGCAGCAAGCCCAGAGUGAAUCUCACCCGGGUGAGAGCCGCACAAAAGUCUGAGGAUUUUCCACGCGAUAGCGCGAAGUGCCUUGGUAGUGUUGUUGGAUUGAGCAACGAGUGCUUCACUUGUAUAUUGUAUAUAGAAGACCCUUAUGUACUAUAAUGUAGUCUAGGACA